CUGUGCCACCGGCACCGGCGACCCCUCACUCCUUUCUGUUACGGCGAUGGAGUCCUCGUCUGCACAGCCUGCCUCUCGAGGAGGCCGCUCGCUGGUACAGGGUGAGCGGAUCCCCGUCUCAGACACUCUCCCCCUGCCUGGGCGACGCUAAUUGCCCUUAAAACUCAGCCCCCAGAAUAUGUAUUUUGAGCAGGGGGAAAGCAUUUCCCUAUCUUUCUAGGGACAAAAACCCCCCAGCAAACCAAGAUAAGCAUCUAGAAGCCAAAACUGAGGUGAAAUGCUGCAAUUUGGUGAUAGUUAAGUAUGAAACAGUACAGUGGUGGCAGUUUUGGGACCAAAACUAAAUACUGGUUUUUGGAGAUUGCAAACUCCCGCUCUCACACAGCACCUACACUGUGAAGAGUUCCUAUUCUGCUUCCGGGUGUGGAGGGGAAAUGAGGGUCCCAAAAUGGGCUUUGGACCUGGCUGGGGGUGCAGGGAGUAGGGGGAAGGGGAUGGAAACUGAAGGGUGGUGGGAGCUUCUUAAGGUCUGGUGGCAACUUUUUUACAGGAGACCUUGGAGAGAUGGGCUAUCCCAGCCUGGAUAUCCCAGUGUCCACUUGUUACUGUGUGUUUACAUAAAUGUUCAGAUAAGGUGAGAGUGUGCAUGCAGCAUAGCUGGAGUUCACCAAAACAUGGAUAUGCAUGUACAUACCUACUUCAGUGCAGCUGCAGAGGAAGCAGUUUGAAAUUUCCCUAAAAACCCUGCAAGAGGAGGACAAGAGAUGUGCUGGGCUGACUGAGGCAGCAAAGGACACGAGACUGGAGAUGCUGACUCGAGUUAGUGCUGAGAAGCAGAAGCUGCAGGCGAUGCUGAAAGGGCUCUGCCUGGUGCCGAGUGACCAGGAAUCACUGUUCCUUUCCUGGUUCCAUCGCCUGAGAUGGAGGUUGGAGGAACAGCAACGUGAUAAAGCUGUUGAGAUGUCAUGGAUCCAGCAAAGCCGUGCAGAGCUCCAGGCCAAGUGCCAACAACCAGAUGGUGACCUGCUGUGGAAUGUCCAAACAACCUUGAGCAGGUGUUGGAGCCAAAAAGCAUCACCAGGAACACCAGUUUUGGUCCCAAAUCCUCCAUUUUUCCAAUCAUCUUCUCACCCUGUGUUCUUUUCCUCUGGGAUUUUUGCUUUGGAGCUGGAUGGGGUUGAAGGUUAACCCAAACUUGGUGAUGGUGGGGGAAUCUUCCAUCGUAUCUUGCAGGAGUGGGAGCCUCGCCUAGGGAAGUAGAGAUGUCUCAGUGGUUUUCUAGGAAUGGGGAAAGGAAAUUUGGGCAUUUUUUGGCAUUAAGCACCCCAAUUCGCUCUCCUUGAGGUGCACGGGGAGGAAAGUGAAGCCAUCACUGUUCUGUUGAUGUCAGAACUGGAAACAGAGGACUUGAGGACUUCACUCGAAAAACCAACACGCUGACAGAGGCAGUGACACAAUUCAAAGGUGCUUGGAGGGUAAAAAUUGGCAAAAAAGGGGAAUUUGUUAAGCAGAAAUAGGAAACUGGGGUGGUUCUGGGAGGGUACAGAACUCCAGGGUUGGCAGAUUUAGCUGGAAAGUGGAAGCAUCACAAAUGCUUGUUUAAUUAAAAGAAAAUAGAGGAUUUAUUCCUGAUUAGCCUUAAGGGAUAGAAAACUGAAGGUGGGAGGUGCAGAAUGCUGUUGAUGGUUAAUUAGCAUCCAAAUUAGGACAGUAAUUAUGUGUGGAGGAUGGUGAUGCCCCAGAUGAAGGGGGUUGUGUCUCCCACCUCAGGGGGUCUUGCCUUCUCCAUGCAACAGGGUUUGGGUGGAUGUGGGGAAGGGCCAGGUAUCCAGAGGUAAAAAUCUCUGGGGUCAUCUUCUAUUUCCAGACGUGUUGGAGUGCUCUCUGGAGGAAGACUCAGAGGGAUCCCUGAGUGUGGGAAAUGCAGGCACAGAAAGCUCUCAAGGCCUUGAGCAUACAGGCUCAGAAAUAGAGAUGGACACAAUGUUUGACCUGAGACCUUGGAGAAGGCUUGGCACUUUAGCACAAUAACGUGAAACAGACAUGAAGCAAGGAUAGAAGUUUGUAGUUUAAGCAGAGUUAUGUUUUAAGCAAACAGAAAUAUGCCUCAUGGAAGGGAAUAAAUAUGUUAACUAAGACAGUAGAAAAUUUUAAAGUUUAGCAAUAGAACUUGUCACAAAGUAGAAAUGAAAGAUGUAGUAAUGUAUGUUUCUGUAGUGUUAUAUGACUGGAUGAAAAAAGACACAUUGUGGUAGAAUUGUGUAAGACAAAGCAAUUAAUGAUUGAUUUAUGAAGAUGCUAGUGAGCUUUGUAAAAAUUGUUGAUUGGCUAAGAAAUUUAUAAAGGACAUUGUAACUAUAAUGAAUACAGAUGCUGCUGCUGCUGCUGACAUUUGAUGUAACAGCCUUACUGUCUCACCCUUCCAUGAGACUGAUUUUGCAAUUAAACACCUCUUACAACGUCUCUCAGUUGAUCCCAUCUUCUCUGUAUCUCAAUACUGGAGAGGUGAGGCCGGCUUCAGGGACUUCCUGAACACACAUAUGGGUUCAGUGCCUGGAGCUGAUGCUCUGGUGCAAUUUUUGGAGGUGAUAUUCCAAUGAACAGAGCCUCAUGAAGAUCCCUCUCCCUGCCAGCAAUCAUGACUUUGGAUCCAGCCGCAGCUCACCCCCAGAUCCUGGUGUCAUCAGAUGGCUGGACUGCAGGCUGCUGGGAAUCACCCCAAGCUCCUCUGCCCUUAGGAAUUGAGCCUUUUGAGUCUCUCCACUGUGUUUUGGGUUGGCAGGGCUUUGUGGGGGGCAUUGCUGGGCUGUGAAGGUUUGUCCUGGUCCCGAAUGGGCACUGGGAGGUGCUCAGGAAUUUGCAUCCUGUAAGGCCUGCUUCGGUCUCAGCCCCGAACGUGGGGUUUAGGCCGUGGGGCAGUGGUUGGGGCAGUGCAGGCUCUCACCUGACCCAGCCCCACAUCUCUGCCCCACUGCUGCACUCUGUGACACAUCAAGGUGGCUCUGGACUAUGCCAGUGGGCAGGUGGCUUUCCAUGAUGCCGAUAGCUAGACUGAAAUUUUUUUCCACAGCCGCUUUUCAGGUGAAUGACUCUGGCCACUGCCCUGGCUGGGUAAGGGGCCAGCUAUGCUCACCCUCUGUCCCU